AUGGAUUUCGUGCUAAAGACUGCCGAUAAUCUGGUACUUGACAAAGUCUGGACGCAUAUUUUCCCGCUUUAUGCGAAUACGUCUAGCCCAUCUCAUGUAUACGGAGACUGGGACCCGAUGUCAUUAGCUACUCCUGCCUCAUCCUGGCCGCGCGACUACCCUCUCCGCCAAAUGAUCUCUCUGACUGUGCUGACCCUGCUUGGUGUCCACGUUCUCUACUUUACGUUUUCGUGGCUGUCGUACACCUUCAUCUUCAACCACGAGAUGAUGCAUCACCCAAAAUUCCUGCCUAACCAAGUCCGACUUGAGAUCAUCACCAGUCUCAAGGCAUUUCCUGUUAUGACUCUUCUCACCGUGCCAUUGUUCCAGGCAGAAGUGAUGGGUUACAGCAAACUAUAUGACGGCCUUGAUACCUAUGGAUGGACGUACUUGUUCAUCAGCAUUCCAAUGUACCUCUUGUUCACUGACCUCGGCAUCUAUUGGAUACACAGGUGGCUGCAUAUUCCAUCUUUAUACAAAGUACUGCACAAGCCUCACCACAAAUGGAUCAUUCCUACUCCGUGGUCUGCAUAUGCGUUCCAUCCUCUCGACGGUUACCUCCAGUCAAUCCCUUACCAUCUGUUUGUAUUUCUCUUUCCUUUCCACCGCAUGGUGUAUCUUGGCCUUUUCGUGAUUGUGAACGUGUGGACCAUUCUCAUCCACGAUUCCGACAUGAUCACAGGUCACCCCCUUGAGACUGUUAUCAAUGGGCCGGCGCAUCAUACUUUACACCAUCUGUAUUUUACCGUCAAUUACGGUCAGUACUUUACCUGGGCAGAUAAAAUGGGUGGGUCUUACCGGCAACCGGAAAAAGAACUCGACCCGCUACUAGAAGUAAAAUCACGGAGAAAGAGGAGGGAGCAAUAG